GAGCUCUGUAGCCAGAUCGUCUUCUCUGCAUACGAUGCAAGGAGCUCUUUAAAAUGGAUUUCAACUCUCCUUUUAUUCUGCAGUGUUUGCUGGUGAUAACAACUGUUACUGAUGGCUCUGCUACCAUGAUUGGUGCGCUCAGCGGCAGCUCAGCAAAGUUUCCCCUAGGAGUUGAAAACUUACAGAAUGUCCUCAAAAUGAGCUGGAAGAAUAGUAACUGUUCCACGGCUGUGGUCGAUGAUACUUUGUUGGCCGAGUGUCACCCUUCUUCCAAGAGAUGUCUGAAACUGGAGAAUGGCUCUUUAGUGCUGAGGAGGGUGGAAAAAGAGGAUGAAGGAAACUAUGAGUUUUUUUUCAACGAUACCAAAGUACUCUUUACACUGGAAGUAUUUGAGCCGAUCAUUGAUGCCCGGUGCUUCCCCAAUGGAACUGCAGACUUAACUUGCAACGUGUACAGCAACGAGAACAUGACAUUUGAGUGGAAGCUGAACAACUCUUGGCCGAAUGCCAACGGGGCUUGUGUUAAGGAUGGUGGGAAGAAGGUUCGUCUGGAGAAAACUGUGCCUGGGGAAUUUGUAUGUAAGGUUACAUACAACAAUGACUUUGUGUGGACUAGGCCCAUUGUGCUCUCCUGCAGCUAUGGAGACCUUCUGCAGUACCCGUGGUUCAUCUACAUCUUGGCAGGAUGUGCAGGGGCUGCGGCCAUCCUGGUGGCUGUUGUGUCCUCACUCAUCUGUUGCUGCAUGAGGAGGAAGCACAAGUUUAUCCCCGUACCCUCAGAUGAAGAAAAGGAUGAUGGAAUAACAAUGUCGGUGGUGUCCAGUGAAGGUGUGAAGAGCCCCCCCAAUGGAGACCAUGUGGAGGCUCAAGCUGCCCAGAUCGCCUGCCCUCCAAUGCCAGACGCUGCCCGACCUGAUUCGGGCAUAGUGCCCCAGCCCAUGGUGGAAGAAAAUUUCCCAGUGGCAGUAGAGCCUGGGGAAAUGCCAGACCCAGAGAUGAUAGCUGACGUGGAAAGCCAGGAAAACGCUUCGAACUGUUUCCCUGACCCAAUUGAUAACUGAUGUGACACGCUCACUGUUCCGCCCUGUCCUGAGUCCCGUGACACCCAUCCUUUGCAUCCCAUAGUCUUGCUGUAAGAAUUGGUCUGAAAAAAUUUAGCAGGGGGAAGACGUGAUGUGUCAGGUCUGCUAAGCUCAUUUACAGGGAAAAAAAAAAAAUACAUGUGGCUUCAGGACCUUGGGCUGGUAGGUUCAGUAGAAGAAUUGGGCAGCUCUCUGGUGCUUAGCUUGCUAGCAGACAUUGCAUACUCUGACACUGCAUAGCAGACAAUGCAGUUACUCUGUGGAGCCCUGAGGACACCUGGCAUCAAAUGCCUCCUGGUUUCUGCUCGCUCCGUGCCUCCCAUCUUUGCCAGCCAGUGGCUCCUGCAAGGGGCAGGUGGGACAGGUAGAUGUGGCAGCACGCCAGUCCCAGGGGGAAACAAGGAACCACCAGAGAUCUCCUGAGAAAGUCUCUUAUCAGGAGAGGCACUGGCACAGGAUGCCCAGAGGAGCUGUGGAUGCUCCAUCCCCAGAGGUCUUCGAGGCCAGGCUGGAUGGGGCCCUGGGCAGUCUGAGCUGGUGGGGGCAGCCCUAACCCCCCAGCAGGGCUUUAAGGUCCCUUCUAACCCAAGCCAUUCUGUAAUUCUAUAAUUUCAAAGCAUUUUUUUUUCAUGGGCCCUGCAAGAAAGACUGACCAAGGCUUCAGCAAAGUGUCUGCUACGCUAGGUGUUAAUCUGAACUGCUGCUCCAGACCCCACCGGUACCUUCAACCAGAGAGUAACUGCUCAGGGUGCCAGAGCUCCAAAAGCUCUGUUGCCAGCUCCCUUGCCUUCAGCAGGAGAAUGCCUGCAGCUUGGACGCAUUCAUUUUGGCAGAAAUAUUGAUUAUAAUGCCGGCAUCGUUCAUCAGCGCAAGCAUUAGUGCCUUUAGUGUAAUGGUUUAGCUACUCACCGCAAGCUGACUGAGCCAGCCAUCUGCCUGUGCACGCAGGCUUCCUCAGUGCUGCGCUGUCUGCACAGGCAGCCACAAUUCGCAGUCCCUCCGGCAGUCCUUGCUGCAAUGUGCAUCUCGGUGCCAGGCGGAGGGACCCUCCUGGGCCCCUCCGUGCAUGCACACGGCAAGGCUGUGCGCUGGUGCUGCCCAGAGGUGGGCUGUGCUGCGCGUUGUUGGCUUGCUCUGCCCGCCGCCUCAAAGACUUCUGGAUCUCGUGUGCCGUGCUGGCAGCGAUUCAGCCCAGCUCUGCUUUUUAAGGAUGCCGGAGGAAUCAGAUUUUUUCCGUGGUAAGAGGGAGAUGAUGAUUUCUCUUACGGUGCUGCGCCGUCUCCUUUCAGUACCAACAUUCCCCGAAGGCCACGAGCUGAGUGAGAGCUGGGUGACAAAGCGUGUGGCUCAGGCUGUCUCUGCAAUGACACGUGCUGCUGGUUUCCUUUGCUGCCCCUGCUCGAGGGGCCGUCCGACAGCAGCAGGUCAAGGUUGUGUGCUGCGGUGAGCAAAGUGCAUACACUUCCUGUAGCUCUGUGUGCUCGUGCCCAGCUUCUGUUCUCUUACGGUUGGUUUUGUUGGUUUUGGUGUUUUGGUUGUUUUUUUUUUUCCAUUUUCCCUGCAAUGGUUUUGUUUUUCGUUCCUAAUAAAAAGGUGUGUUUUCUA